AUGCCUCCACUUAGUCACCAGCAGCUUGCCGCCGCCGUCCUCAUGUUCCAUCGGCCAUUCAGAACAUCACCCAUUCAUGAUGCCCAUCGUUUGCAACCUGGAACUUGUCGUUACGGAUCACCUCACUGAGCAACACUGGAUCAUGUAGAUAAGUUUCCCUCGCGUUCGUCGUCCAACAUGACAUCUCUCAGAACCUCGAUGGCCCACUUGGAGUUUGGCCCUUAGGGCUUCGCAGCGUGCUCCUCUGAUUGGUAGAAAUCCCCUCAUGCGCCCGCUAGCUAGAACCUUGCCAGACUCGCGCUCUCCUGUGCCUUUCUUCCUCUUCUCUACCGCUUCCCAACAUUAG